AUGGGUGAGAGAUAUAUCAGCGAUCCAGUGGUUUACAACCACUUCCCUGGUGGAUUUGGAGGAGUGAACCACACAACUCGCGUGCAAAUAUACGGUGGCCCAGUUCCAUACCGUCCUGGUGUUGAAACGCCUUUAGGACGAUUAUUAUCAGCACAUGCGAACCUGUGGAGCCUACACCCAUCACAACUACUUCCCCGUGCUCUGACUGAGGAACUAGAUCUAUCAAGAAGAGUAAGAGACAGUCAUGUUUCACCAUCCGUCUGGAGCUCGAACAUAAGAGGCCUCUUCCGAGGAGCUCUCAUUCGAGACUCUUUCAACCAAGCCUCUAAUCAGAGCAUCCCAGAACAGGAUCUUAUGUUCAAUCAAGAGGAUUCGACCGAAAAUUCCAAUGAAGAACAAGCAAUAGUUACUGUAACUGAUGCUAAGCUAUACAGCGAAAUCCGCGACCUUUUUGAACGUGAUCCCAUAGAAAACGAGCCUAAGAUAGACCUUGUCUUACACUGUCCGAUUUGUUCGGAACGGCUUCGCUUUACCCAUCCAACCCACCCCGAGCGAUUCGUUAGGAUCCCGAAUGGGACGGAAUGGCUUGACGUUCUCCCUUGUGGGCACAUUAUGGGCCUAGUUUGUAUGCUAGAUUGGACGACGCAAUGCCGGAUUGAUGGGCGUAGAAUCACGUGCCCUGUAUGCCGAUUUGAUUUGCAACAUUCGAAUCCCAUCUGCGGUCACCCGAUCAUGACUUUUCUGAUCGAGGAAGGGGCGUCCCUCCCGCCAUUGACUGUCCCAGAAGGAGGCUAUGUAUAUUCUCUUUGUCCGAUAUGCGGCGGAGCUGAGCCAGAUUGGGGUAGGGAUAGACAUGUGUGGAAUUAAGAUCUCCCUUAUAAUUCUAUUCAAAAUAUACCCACCAGCAAGCGGGAGUAUCAAAGGACCUAUAAACACC